AUGGCUGAACCCCUGGUCAUUUACGAGGUGGUGGAUAACGUCGCUAUCCUCAGGUUGAACAACCCCACACGACGGCACGCGCUGUCCAGCGAAGUGCUGGCCGCCCUGAAAGACCGAUUGGGCAGCAUUAUGGAGGACUCCACAAUUAAGGUUGUGGUGCUGCGUUCCGAAGGGCCCGUGUUCAGUUCGGGGCACGAUUUGCGGGAACUGGUGGGUUCGGACGAGGAGAGUUACACCCACAUUUUUGCCGAGUGUACCGAGGUAAUGGAGGCCAUACGCUUGUUGCCUCAGCCCGUAAUUGCCCAGGUGCAGGGACUGGCUACGGCAGCGGGAUGCCAGUUGGUCGCCACCUGCGAUCUGGCGGUGGCUUCGGAGGAUGCGGGUUUUUGCACUCCUGGCGUCCAGAUAGGGCUUUUCUGUUCGACGCCGGCGGUGGCUUUGUCCCGCGCCGUCAAUCCCAAGCAGGCCAUGGAAAUGCUGCUUACGGGCAUCCCAAUUUCGGCCAAGACUGCUAUGGAUUGGGGCCUGGUCAACCGGGUAGUGCCGGAGGGCCAACUGGAAGAUUCGGUAAUGCAGUUGGCCCGGCAUAUCGCCAAGGCCAGCGCUUACACCCUGGCAAUAGGCAAGCAGGCCUUUUACCGUCAGCUCCAGGUUGACCGUCCGGCCGCUUACGAUAUGGCGCAGCGCACCAUGGUUGAGAACCUGCUGGCCUACGAUGCGCAGGAAGGCAUUACUGCAUUCCUGGAGAAAAGGGAACCGGAGUGGGCAAAUUAG